AUGAUUCUUCGUACGACAUUCUUCCCUUACUCCGCCAUCGAUGAGUCCCUCCGAUUGCUGCUCCUGGUCCUAAGAGAUCGACAGGAUGUUGGAAGAAGCUUGCUCCGGUGUGGGGAAGACUUCGUUAUAAGAGAUACUUCUGGAGGAGAAUUCAGGAGGCGUGAUAAAGUGUUAGAAGUUGUACUCUUCAGUUGGAUUCUGAUUCACCUCGUCGCUGCUAUCAACGUUUUGCGUCGUUAUCUCGGCGGGUUCCACGAAUGUGCGCCGACUUCAGAGUCUUAA